AUGUCCUACUACUUCACCAUCCUCUCACCAACCGACACCCCCAUAUUCAAUAUCGCCUUCGGCACCUCCAAAGGCGGCGGCGAUGGCAUUGCCCGCUUCCGAUUCCCUGACACCGCCCAAUACAUGAACCAAUUCAUCAUCCACUCCAGUCUAGAUAUCCUCGAAGAAGCGCAGUGGACGAACGGUGGAAUGUACCUAAAACACAUCGACACCUACCCCCCAGCCUCAGCCUACAUAUCCGCCUUCCUAACCCCGAGCGGCGCACGCUUCCUCCUCCUCCACCAACCGCCCCAACUGCCGUCGAGCGGCAGUUCCAGCGCCCUAGGCGCGUCAUCGUUACUGGGUUCUUCGGGGUCAACGACGCGCGCUUCGUCUAGUAGUGUUGCGGCGAAUCCUACUUCUCCGCAGACGGAGGAGGCGGUGCGUCAGUUUAUGAGUGAGGUUUAUGAGAGCUUUGUUAAGACGGCCAUGUCACCGUUUUAUAAGCAGGGGAUGGAGAUUCGAAGUCCGGUUUUUAGGUCGAAGAUUACGGCGGCUGGGAAGAAGUGGUUGUGA